AUGUCCAAUCCGGAAGAUGCAUUCCAGGAACUUGUCCGUAUCUUCUCGUCUAGAGACAACCAAGUCCUCGAGAUCGAGAUCAUCCCACCAAGCCUAGGCGCUAUGUUUCUCCAAGAUGGAUGUUCACUUGGAAUAACCAAGAAAGCACUAGUGCAGGGCUUCACGGUCGCGCGCCAGCUCUUCUUCGACCAAUUAAUGCCCAUGUCCGAUGAUGACCUGCAAACCACAUUUUCCGAAAACGCCCAGUCCAGAAAUGCAGACUCGGCUAUUACAGAAAUGAUGCUCCUCUUUGACUGUGAGCAUCUCACAGCCUGUAACUGGCGCAAGCGCCGACUGUGGGCAGCCAUGGCGCAGUGCCCUGGUAUUUCAAACCAGACCUCUGCCGCAACAGAGUUGUUAGAAGCCGAGCUCACGCUCAUGUCGAGCUACCAGUGCUCGCCACUACAUCGUCAUACCAAGUCGCCGACACUCUGGCAUCACCGGCUGUGGGUGGUUGUCCAUCUGCUUCAAAAGCGGCAUUGGAGUCCCGAGGAUCUGCUCAAGCUGCAACGGACGGAACUGGAAGUUGUUCUCCGCGCUGGCGAGUUACAUCCCAAGAACUAUUAUGCCUUCAGUUAUAUGCGACAGUUGGAUGUGCUCCUCGCUGCCACGGUGGAGAAGACGACGGGGCAACCAAAGUGGGAAACCCAUCCGGCGCAGUCAGUUGUCGAACGCGUGCCUCUAUCUGCUGAGCAAUGCCCGGACCAACAUCGAGCGAAUGCUCUUGGGAAAGUGGUCAGGUUUGCACUCAACGUUGGAUGGGAAGGCGAGAGUCUUUGGACGUUUGUCGACCAAGCAUCGCGGCUGUUUGUGCUUGGAAGCAUGAUCGAGGAUAUCAUGCUGUCGCACUGCGAUCAAGAAAUCAGAUCUCGUGAUUCCCCAAAGAUCCAGGACAGUCAACGGGAGAAGUCAUGGCAGACCUGGCUGGCCCGGGCGAGAGUAUGUUGGGUCAUGGACGGCCAAGGGCAAGAUAUAUGA